UAUAAGACCCGCCGCCCCUCCGCGGGCUUCAUCCAUGACUCAGUCUCGACUGCAACAGCUCUUUCCCUCAUACAUACGCUUGAUAAUUCAACCACCCUCCUACCUUAGAAUCUCAAUUCACUUCUCAAAGUCUACUCAAUCAAUCUCCAUACCUUCUAACCAAAAUCAUGACAUCCUCCUUCCCCCCUCCGCCCGUCAGUUCCAUUGACUGGAACAAUGUCGGCUUCAAAGUCCGCGAUGUCAACGGUCACAUCGAAUGCCACUACAACACCAGCACAUCGAGCUGGUCGGCGCCGAAAUUCAUCCCGACCCCGCACCUCAGCAUCCACGGCAUGGCGCCGGGGCUGAACUACGGGCAGCAAGCGUACGAGGGGCUGAAGGCCUUCCGGCACCCGACCGACACCAACAAGAUCACGAUCUUCCGGCCGGACCGCAACGCGGUGCGGAUGCGCCACUCGGCGGAGUUCAUCUCGAUCCCGCCGGUGCCGGAGGCCCUGUUCGUGGAAGCGGUGCAGCUGGCCGUGGCGGCCAACGCGGAGUUCGUCCCGCCGCACGAGACGGGCGCCGCCAUGUACAUCCGGCCGCUGAUCUUCGGGUCGUCGGCGCAGCUGGCCCUGACCGCGCCCGAGGAGUACAUGUUCGUCGUGUUCGUCAUGCCCACGGGCGUCUACCACGGGGUCAGCGCGGUCGAUGCGCUCAUCCUCGAGGACUUCGACCGCAGCGCCCCCGCCGGCACCGGCUCCGCCAAGGUGGGCGGCAACUAUGCGCCGGUGCUGCGGCACAGCGCCAAGGCCUACCGCGAAGGGUUCGGCAUCACCUUGCACCUCGACAGUCGGACGCGCUCCGAGGUCGAUGAGUUCUCCACCUCCGCGUUCAUCGGCGUCAAGAAGGAUAAGGCCGAUGGCACCGUCACCCUCGUGCAACCGGACAGCAACAACGCCAUCGACUCCGUGACCGCCGCCUCCGUGCUGGAGAUCGGCCAGCGCUUGCUCGGGUACAAGUCCGAGAGGCGCCGCGUGCCGUACGAGGAGAUCCGGGAGUUCGAUGAGGUCAUCGCCUGCGGCACGGCGGCCGCCCUCGUGCCCAUCCGCAGUAUCACGAUGCGGUCGAAGAACGACAAGUUUACGUUCCAGAGCGGCGGCGACGCGAACAACGGUGGUGAAGUCUGCGUCAAGCUCCUGCAGACGCUGAAGGGGAUCCAGAACGGAAAGGUCGAGGACAGGUUUGGCUGGAACUUGACCGUCGAGAGGCCGCCGCAGGAGCUGUUUGAGAUUGCGGCUGCCCCCGAGGAGGCGGAGUCGAACGGUGUCAAUGUGCCAUAAGUAGGUGUAAUGAGAUCAAGGACAGGCGACGAGGAAAUGCAAUCAAAAGUCAUUCAUUGGUUUGUUCCUAGCAUCUUGGCUAUUUACUCCCAUCACAUUAAGAACAUGAACCAUGCAUUGUCGAGAU